ACAAAUGUGUAGGUUACAAUCAGAGAGGACAACCGCUUUCUCUGCUACAGUGUUGGGCCCGUUCCACUGGGCACAGACAUCAGUUCAACGUCGUUUUGAUUUACAUUUUGUUGAGUUGUCAAAUAACGUGAAAUCAACAAUGUCACCACAUCAUCUGAUUUAAGUAAAAAGUUAUGUGAAAAAAAUACCAAAUGGCCUUAUGUUGAUGACUUUUGGCACAUCCAAUCAUUUUCCCACGCUGAUUCAAGGCCAUUACAUAUUAUUAUUUUAUGACGUGGAAACAACGUUGAUUCAAUAAUUUUUUCCCCCCAGUAGGGUGUCUCAGUAGAUUAUAAUAAAAUAGCUAGAAUAGAACAGAAUAGACUGGAAUACAAUACAAUAGAAUAUCGGUUAAAAGCAAAAUAAUUCCCCAACAACAACAGGCAAGAACUGUCACUAUAUAGGGUCGUUAAAGACUUAAAGCUUUCACAAUGGUGGGUAUAUGGCAGCGACGACCCAUCAAGAACAAUAACGGUCAGGGACCAAGGACUCAUCAUUAGGUCGCGCGCUCAUACAAUGGGACACGACGACGCACUGUCCUCAAAGUCCCCUUCCCAUUCAUGCUGUGGCAGGAGAGAGAUGGGGAGAAAAUAUCCAUCGAGGCACUUAGCUACAGCCAAAGCGAUGGACCACAUGCAUUUCAGAUGCUUGCAUUCAGAUGUGGCUGCAACGAUUCUGUAUCACGAAAAUGUAACGGAUACCGAUGUGAAUCUGGCUAUUGCGCACCAAACAGUCACGUGAUGCGUGUUUUAAUCUCAGUAUUUUGUGGUCACCGACUGGCAUAGUUAUUUUUGUCGAGACAUUUUGAUACCUCCGUGAAAAUAACGUGGAGCAGUGUUUUGCAUGGAGUGAUGAAGCCAGAUGCCAAUGCAGUGGAAUCUGAACCCGGUAGAGUACAGCCAGCGCGUGCUGUGGUCGUGGAGCGGAUAAAUGCCAUCGCGUGAAGCGCUAACCCCCACGAAGAGAAAUCCAUGUCUUUCUUGGACUGCUCCUGCAUCUCCCCCACUCAGGUCCAGCCAAUCAGCAUAGAGGACCAGUAUGAGGACAUCAGCCACCAAUACCUGAGCUCUGACGUCUCAGAAUGCACUUUCACCUGGGGUGGUGCAGGCAGCGAUGACAUCACAGCGCUCUCUGCUAACUCCGCCCACUACCAGCUGCUGUCAGAGCUGGGGAAAGGCUUCAACAACCUGAGCCAGGUGCGCAUGGCGCGCCACACCCCCUCCCGCCAGCUGGUGGCAGUCAAGAACACCAACCUGGAUGAGUGUACUGAGGAUGAGCUGCUACAGUUGAUGAACGAGGUUCUUCUCUCCAGGCUGUUCCGCCAUCCCAAUCUGCUGACCUCUCGCCUGGUCUUCAGCUCCUGCUGCCAGCUCUGGGUCCUCACACCACUCAUGGGCUACGGUUCGGCAGAUAGCCUGCUGAGGACGUUCUUCCCUGACGGGAUGAGUGAGUCCCUGAUCGCUUACCUCCUCCACGGAGUCCUGAAGGCUCUGCAAUACCUGCACCUCAUGGGCUACGUGCACAGGGGAGUGAAGGCCAGUCACAUCCUGCUGUCUGGGGAGGGCCGUGUCUACCUCUCGGGGCUGCACAGUGUUUAUAGUAUGAUGCGGGAUGGGAAGAAGGUGAGGACCGUGUUCGACAUGCCCCAUCACAGCCCUGCCCUGCUACCCUGGCUCAGCCCAGAGCUGCUACGACAGGACCUGCAUGGCUAUGGGGUGAAGUCAGACAUCUACAGUCUGGGGAUAGUAGUCUGUGAGCUGGUCAGUGGCAGGGUGCCUUUCCAGGACAUGCCCCCUACACAGAUGCUGCUCCAGAAGCUGCGUGGGUCCCACUGCUGCCUGCUGGACGUGGCCCCCUCCCCCCUAGGGGAGCUAGGGGGGCUGAAGGUGUCCCGCUCCGGGGUGGACUCUGGCAUCGGGGAGAGUGUUGCCACGGGCAGCCUGACCCACACCGCCACCGCCGAGAGACCUCAGAGCCCCGCCCCCAAGAACCACUCGGCCACCCUGCACAACCUGGUCCAGCUGUGUCUGCAACAGCAGCCCGACUGCAGACCCUCUGCUUCUACACUGUUGACCCAUGCCUUCUUCAAACAGGUGAAAAGGCAUCAUACCCGGGACUCCUUCCUCAGUCUCAUGUACCCCGCGGUGCCCCUUGGAGUUUCCAGCCCCGAUGACCCCCCUGUGUCCUGCCCCCCUACCCCGUCCUGCCACCCCCCCACCUCCGCCAUCGCUCACCCCACAGAGGAGGUGUGGGACUUCUCAUAACCCUCCUCCCUGCCCCCUUCCACCUCCGCCCCCCACAUCCCAAAACCUGACAACCAAGCCUAACUCAAGACAAUCAAAACGAUCAAAAAACAGCGAGCCCAAACCUUUCUACUGUGUUUGAUUGGACUUGUCCUACCCACCUCUCUUAGCCUUUCUACUGUGUUUGAUUGGACUUGUCCUACCCACCUCUCUGAGCCUUUCUACUGUGUUUGAUUGGACUUGUCCUACCCACCACUCUGAGCCUUUCUACUGUGUUUGAUUGGACUUGUCCUACCCACCACUCUGAGCCUUUCUACUGUGCUUUGAUUGGAACUGUCCUACUCACCUCUCUGAGCCUUUCUACUGUGCUUUGAUUGGACUUGUCCUACCCACCACUCUGAGCCUUUCUACUGUGUUUGAUUGGACUUGUCCUACCCACCUCUCUGAGCCUUUCUACUGUGCUUUGAUUGGACUUGUCCUACCCACCUCUCUGAGCCUUUCUACUGUGUUUGAUUGGACUUGUCCUACCCACCUCUCUGAGCCUUUCUACUGUGUUUGAUUGGACUUGUCCUACCCACCACUCUGAGCCUUUCUACUGUGCUUUGAUUGGACUUGUCCUACCCACCUCUCUGAGCCUUUCUACUGUGUUUGAUUGGACUUGUCCUACCCACCUCUCUGAGCCUUUCUACUGUGCUUUGAUUGGAACUGUCCUACCCACCACUCUGAGCCUUUCUACUGUGCUUUGAUUGGAUUUGUCCUACCCACCACUCUGAGCCUUUCUACUGUGUUUGAUUGGACUUGUCCUACCCACCUCUCUGAGCCUUUCUACUGUGUUUGAUUGGACUUGUCCUACCCACCUCUCUGAGCCUUUCUACUGUGCUUUGAUUGGAACUGUCCUACUCACCUCUCUGAGCCUUUCUACUGUGUUUGAUUGGAACUGUCCUACUCACCUCUCUGAGCCUUUCUACUGUGUUUUCUAGGCUUUUAUAUGUUUGUUUUGAAACUCAAAUAAGGGUCUGCAGGUGGAUGUUUAUUGUCACGAGUCUUGUCCUGGAAGCAGAACUGAGCCAUUUCCCCUUAGAUAGGCCAGCUGCUGGAAUAGGAGGGCGGGAUUAUUGAAGCUGCUCUGCCUGGAUCAUCCAAUGAGGAUCUCUGUGCCAUUGGUGUGGCUGCCGGUCGACGACAAUGACAACCAAUGACGUUGCAGGACAGUGAGGACACACCCCCAUGCCAGUGAAAAAGACCUAUCACUGGACUCAUAUGGAUCGUACUACGAACAGUAAUGUGAACUAUUUUAGGCUAUUAGACUGUGAAAGGGCAUAGAUAAUAAUGUGUCAGGGUUUGAAGAGGAAGAUAACAGAUAAUGAUAUGUUAUGGAGUUGGAGAGGGUAUGAGUGUUAAAACACAAGUGUGCAAGCAGAGACGGUACGAGAAUAGCUAGUGUGUUAGUGGAAGUUCUAUGGUUAUCCCUCUAGUCUUGUGAAACCAGCCUGAUCUCGCGAUAGCUCACAUUCCCGAAGUGAAACUAAACGUGAGCUCAGCGGUCCGUCUGAUUGACCAGGCUGCUAUCCCUCCCCUGUACAACCAGUGAAAUCCCUGUGAUCAAAUAAGAACUAUAACACUACUGUGCUUUGAGACGCAGCUACCCUAUACACGUCCUCCUAGUCGUAAUAAACGUGUGGGAGGGUCCUCAAUUGUAUCGUUUUUAUGAAAUCUGUCAACUGUUUAUGAUACAUUUAUGUGGAUUAUUCUGUGAUUGAUGAUUAUGUGUAUGAGAGAUAUUUUAUGUAUCAGUGCAUAUCAAACAUGUUAUAGCUGUAUGAGCCAUAUAGAAGUGUUAUAAAUAUAUUCAUUAUCAAUUUUCUAAAA